UCUUACAUUACGACUUUAGGGCCCUAUAUAUAUAGGCUUGUCAAUAAUAUCUCGAGCCCAAAAGAUUUUGUUCGAUGUGCAAGGAUUUUGGGUAUUCAGAUCCGAAAGUUUAAACGGCUUGCUGUUGUACUUAAUUUCUCAAGUUAGUCAAGUGUUAAUAGUAGAUAACGUUAAAACAUCGGAAUAGACUUCCCAUUUGGGUAGAAGACCACUCUCCGGCAAAAUCUUUUUAAAAAAACUUUCUGGAAAAGUACGAUUAUUUGAGAAACUAUUUGAAUUUAUUCCUUUUUUUUUUAAAAAUAUCUCUAUAUAUUAAAGAAAAUCGCCACAGAAGAAAUGCGUGUUGCUCUCUCCACGGAUAAUAUAGCCCAAGCUUCUACCACACAGACUCAACAAAAGUGUCACACCUUGAACCGAUUGGACGGGAACUGUUUUCGAGCCUUCUUUUUCUUUUCUUGAAUCCUGGGCCAGGAUUUGUUUGUUUUUUUCAUUCAUCGAAUGUAAGUAUCGGACACAGGCUCUUUCGGCUCCUGUCCUAUCACCAAGCCGGCAAGGCUUAACGAGUAUCGGGUGUCUGUGAGAAAGAGAGAAAAACAACAACCCCCAUCUUGUUGUGACUCCCGUUCUUAACAUGGACGGGCCAAACGGCGUACCAGGCCAAGUGUUUUUCACGUUGUCAGAACUCUUUGGGAGAACAGUGAACAGAGUUGACAGAUUUCGUCAGGUAAACUGGACCACGAAUGUUUUUCUAUCAGCUUUCUGUGAUAUGUGAAAAUUAAUUGAAUUGAAUUAUUUAUUUUUUUUGCAUACCUAACAAACGAAGGUGCCAAUUAAAUUCAAGUGUACGCCAAUGUCUCUUUUAAGCGAAUGUCUCUAUUUAGCUUCUCUGCUUUCUCAAAGAGACGUCCAACAACUGCCAUUACGUAACUUGUUUUCUUAAUUCGUGUCUCCAGGGUUGUUUGAACGGAUUCUCACUCUGCAGCUCAUUGUUUAUUUUGUUUCAGUUCGACUUCCCGUCCCACACGAACUACAAGCAGGAUUUCGAAGAUCAUGAGGGCAGCACCAGCAUCGUCUUCACCCUCUCGGAGAAAGUUGGAGUUCUCGCCGCUGCACUCAAAGUCUUUGAGGUGAUUUCUUUAUAUAUUAUGUAUGUAUGUAGGGACUUGGCACCCUGGGUGAAGUCUGAAAAUGACACCCGCUUGUAUAUAGAAAAUAUGCCGCCCAAUGCGGAUCAGUAAAAAAUGAAAUUCGCGCCCCUUUUCUUUGUGAAGUACAUGGCAAUUCAUGAUUUAUUUUAUUACAAUUACAAUUGUUCUUGAAAUUCAAAUUGUAAAUAGGCCUUCUGAUCUCUAAGCCUUCUUACUUCUUUAAUCUUGUAAGUGUGUAAAGCCACAAAUUGAAAAGUAAAAGUUACGUUUAUUUUAUUAGGAUUGAUUGUUGUAAUUGCUCUUUAGGUCCUAUCUUAAGACGAUAUUUUGCCGCCCGGGACGAGUGCCCUCUUCGCCCGACCCUAAAUGCAUGCAUGCAUAAUGAUGUAUAAUGUACAUUUUGUGGGGAUAGGAGAGUAGACUUCAUUAUAUAACACCACCAGAUUUAACCAUGCCGCUGCAGGUUUAAACUAAACUGUUUUUUUUUUUUUAAUGAUUUUCAAAUUCCAAUCUUUCAUAUCUUAGAGUUUCGCCAACAAUGCAAUGAAAUCAGUGUCUAAGAAACAAGCCAUGUCGUACUGACCACUAUUAUAUGUGACACAUAUUCUUUAUCCCACCUUUCGAGACUCUCAGACAACAUCAUCUAUACAUAUGAUUAUAUAUUGUUAAGAUAAGUUAAUAAUAAUAACGAAGCCUUUUUAAGUUACACAGUAAGCUCAUGGAGUUAUGUGCAUCAUAACAAUUGCGAUUCAAAGUUAUGGGUCUUUCAUUGUCUAUAUCCAGUGAUGCGUUAAAAUAUACGAGAAGACCACAGCAGAAAUACGCACACAGAUUACAUCGAUAGCAUACUGUGGCAUCUUAAGCGUAUAUGUGUGACAUAUGUGUCAGGUGUGUGAUAUUUUCAUUGUGUAAGUCGUAUCCCCCAUUGUCAAUAGUUAAUAGAGCCGCGUCUGACUUAAUGGCUUGUUAGAUAAAUGCCCUGCUUGGCGUAGUCAGCUAACAGACGUUGUUAGCCUCACACUCUGUAAGUGAGCUAUUUAUUUAACAAAUUGUUAACUCGAACUCAGCGAGACCGAUGUGACAUUGCCAUCUCAGCGAGACCGAUGUGACAUUGCCAUCUCAGCGAGACCGAUGUGACAUUGCCAUAGAACCCGAACCGUCACUGCAUUACAUUGCGCAAACGACGUUUAUGUCCAACUUUGAAGACGUUCAUGUCCAAUUUUGAAGACAUUUAAUGUCCAACUUUGAAGACGUUCAUGUCCAAUUUUGAAGACAUUUAAUGUCCAACUUUGAAGACGUUUAUGUCCAUUUUUGAAGACAUUUAAUGUCCAACUUUGAAGACGUUCAUGUCCAAUUUCGAAGACAUUUAAUGUCCAAUUUUGAAGACAUUUAAUGUCCAACUUUGAAGACGUUCAUGUCCAAUUUUGAAGACAUUUAAUGUCCAACUUUGAAGACGUUUAUGUCCAAUUUUGAAGACAUUUAAUGUCCAACUUUGAAGACGUUCAUGUCCAAUUUUGAAGACAUUUAAUGUCCAAUUUUGAAGACAUUUAAUGUCCAACUUUGAAGACGUUCAUGUCCAAUUUUGAAGACAUUUAAUGUCCAACUUUGAAGACGUUUAUGUCCAAUUUUGAAGACAUUUAAUGUCCAACUUUGAAGACAUUUAAUGUCCAACUUUGAAGACGUUCAUGUCCAAUUUUGAAGACAUUUAAUGUCCAACUUUGAAGAUUUUAUGUCCGAUUUUGAAGACAUUUAAUGUCCAACUUUAAAGACGUUCAUGUCCAAUUUUGAAGACAUUUAAUGUCCAACUUUGAAGACGUUUAUGUCCAAUUUUGAAGACGUUUAUGUCCAACUUUGAAGACUUUAUGUCCAAAUUUGAAGACGUUUAUGUCCAAUUUCGAAGACGUUCAUGUCCAACUUUGAAGACAUUUAAUGUCCAACUUUGAAGACGUUUAUGUCCAAUUUUGAAGACAUUUAAUGUACAACUUUGAAGACGAUUAUUUCCAAUUUUGAAGACACGUUUUUUUCCAAUUUUGAAGACGCGCAUUUCCAAUUUAAAGACUCUUAUGUUGAACUUUGAGGACACUUAUGUCCAACUUUGAGAACACUUAUGUCCAACUUUGAGAACACUUAAGUCCAACUUUGAAGACAAGUGUGUCCAAUUAUACCAAUAAUCUCAAAUAAGACUAAAAUUUCGUACAAAUGUGAACUUGAACAUAAAGGUUGUUGUAUUCAUCAUUAUUUUUUAUCUACAAAAAUGGCAAUAUCAAAUUUCUUGACUUGUUCCUUGGCCCAAAAUAUAAAAAAAACCACAUUAUGUGAUCAUAUGGACUAGUACGAAAAUAUUUAAGUGCUCACCUUUAAACCCAACUUUUCAAUUCCCGGGUUCAAUUUCUAAAAUCAUUUGUGGUAAACUCGGAUUCUAAAAGAGAAAAGGGCGCUUUUUAAUAUGCCGAUAUGUGGCAUGAGUUUGGUCUCUUUGUUUGAGAUAUGAUUUUGAAUAACACGAUUUAAAAUGUGUACUUGUAUGAACUUUCUGACAGGAAAAGGGCGUAAACCUCCACCAUAUUGAGUCGAGGCCGUCACGUGAUGACCCGAGGAGUUUUGAGUUCUUCGUUUCCUGUGACAAUAAAACUGGUGGCUUGAAGGUAAGCUGUGUCCCACGAGGUUUGUGCCUGAUAUGCAGCACAUGAGACAUUGAUUCAUAAUUUUUUUUUAUCAUUAAGAUAUUUCACCUAAGGAAACUUGAUUAGAGACUGAACUAAAUGCACCAUGGCAGCUGGAAAAUUAUAUUCUACUUACCCUGUGUUGUAACUCAGAUCAUGUGCUAUGUCACGUUAUUCGGGGUAGGAAACUUCUAAUUCCAGUUGAGGGAAACUCUCAAGCCCUAAUCGAAAAUGUAUCCCUGCAAAACGAGACCUCAUUAGCCUGUAUUUAAAUGUUGGAUUUCUUCUCAUUGAACUGUAUCAAUGUUACGACACAUUUGUACAGAGUUGUCUACCCUGUGUUGCAUAUUCGUGUCUCGGUUCUCUCCCCGACAGGAAGCCAUCGAGUCCCUGAGGUCAAUGACCAACAACAAGUUGACUGUCUUGUCCAGAAAUAUGCAAAAUGGAUCAUCGGGUGAAGGUAAGGUCAACGCAUUCGUAGAUUUAAAUGGUUGCGUAUUAUGGGCUCUACUGGUACUUGUAGUUCGUCGGGCGUCUGGAAAUUUUUUUGCAUUAUGAUUUAAUAUUUAUUGUUUCAAUUUACGUUUUUUUAGAUUUGUUGUUGUUUCCAACGCCCUUCUAUUGUGAGAAAUUAAUCUCCUAUUUUAAAUGUGCGGCUCGUUCGAACAAGGCCCAACAAAGGACGAUACCAUAGAGAAAUACAACCCAAAAAAAUACGACACCCAAAACAGUACCAAUUACAAUUAAUAAGAUUUAAUUUAGUAAUAAUACAAUUACAAAACAAAAGAAAUAUAAUUACAAAUCAUCAACUUACAGAGUUCUCGUUAAAUCGAGAACGUUCCUCAAGAUACCAGGAGACAAACUAACGAUGUUUUAUUGGUAGUCUGCAGUAAACACGACAGAUCAAAAGAAUAGGCCACACCCAUCUAUGAACGUAGCGUUUGCUAGGAAUCUAUUUGGGGUCAAAAGUUCACGGCACGGGAAAAGUGUCCUACAUAAAAGUUCUUUUAAUGGUAUAUCAGUUUAUGUAAAUUCUCUUUUUAAAAUGACAUCUCAAAUGGAGGAUAAACUUUCCGAAAAAGGCGAAAAGUGAAGUAACUUUAAAAUUUGGAAUUUGUUUUUGAAGAACGUUUCACUUCUUUGCAGAUUUACACUUUAUAGGUGCGAAAGUUUGUGCGAAGCCGAGGUGGAAUUAGUAGCACGCAACCGUGUGACGUACGCACGCCAAGGCCAAAUCAUUAAUUUCCUCCAAUAAACGGGUUAUACAAAUACAAACUUUUUUUUUUUAAAUAAAAAAUAAGAAAUUUAAGGUCUAAUGAGAUGCUUGAUGCUAAGAAUGUAAUAGAUUCUUUGAAGAAAAAGACAAGUUUCACUCCAGUACGUGAAAUUUAUGUCACCAACCUGUUGUUGACUAUGAAACCUCCAUUCAAGAAACGUUGAAUUAUUAGAGACUAGAUCUCUUAAGCUUCAAUUUGGUGAUUGCUUCAUAGGGAAUCGACCAAAAACCAUAAUGAUAUUUAUUAAAUAGGCACUAUUCCGUCUUCGCAAGACAAUGGAGGAGCUAUGUGUCAACUCUUUGCUCUACCGCGUUGGUUCAUUCGUUAGUUUCUUUUACACGUUGAUUACGUCGUACUAAUAUUGAACAACUCAAGUCCUUCAUCAUAAUAAGUUCAACUUUAAUAUCAUGAUUAAAUGAUUAACACUCCAUACACAUAGGCUUCGAUAGCGCCCCUCGCUAUCACCUGGACGAAAUACACCCUACCUCCACACAGUUGCAUUCAACACUGCCGCACGAUUCAAACUCACGUCCCCUAUCAGACUCAUUCAGUAACUAAUGAACUCCCACACUCGACACUAUGGACACUAUGGACAAACGGCUUACUAGGCCGAUCUGGACUGCGCGUCUCAGCUGAAUUUCUUACAGGGGAACCUUGACAACUGGUUAAACUUGGCCUGCCAUAUUGCCCUUUUUUCGCGCAUCUUUUUCCUUUUUUAAUCCUUCAUACGCUGCUGUUCGCCAGCUUGAACGGUGAUCUCCCAUUCGUUAAUUUCUAUGUUGGCUUCCCUCAUGUUCCUUUUGCAAACGUCUUUAAAUCGCAGGCGCAGCCAUCCAAUAAGUCUUGCCCCCUUCUGUUCAUACAGCAGAUCCUAUGGAAUACGGCCUUCCUCCAUUCUCCCUACAUGGUGUAACUAGUGAAGAUGCCUCUUGCUAAGGGUGGAGAAUAUGAUACACAUUUUCGCACGUUCCAAAACCUCUGUGUUAGGCACCUUGUCCUGUCAUCGAAUGCGUAAAAUGCGACGCAGACACCUUUGAUGGAAGUUGACUGGCAUUUGUGAUCCCCACUUCACUGCCAUAUAAGAGCUUACCAAACACACAUGCCUGAUAGACGCUUAAUUUUGUACUAUCAGAUAGUUUAAGAUUAUUCCAGUCCCACUUAUACAAUUUAGCCAUAAUGGAUGCUAUUGCGAUCCUGAUUUUAACCUCCUCGUUAACGGAGAGUAAACGAUAGAUAUUUGAUCCAUGGUAUGAGAAAUGUUCGAAUACCGACACAUGAGGCCCUAAAUAGAUAUGUUUGGAGAGGGUUGUGCUAUAAUAUAUAAGUAUAAUAGUCCAAAUGUAAAAUAGUUGAUAAGCCAUCUCCAUCAAAUUUCACAACUCCCAUUCCUUAUUAGUGACCGGAUUAGGACUUUUUGAUCGCAACUUAAAACGGUGAGUGACAUUAAAAGGUAACAGAUAGACAGAUCAAGUAGUUAAUAUCGAAUGCAGGGGCGUAAACGCCCCACCCCGCCCCUACAGUCAUGGAAGUCAACCCUCACCCACCUGGACCUUGGUCAGCUCAAUGAGUCAUGUUAUUUUUGGGUAUUUAUUUCGAGAGCUAAGUAUGAAUAUUAUUAGUUCUACACAAAUUUACAGAUAAAAAAAUUGUAAGAACAUUGUUGACUACUUAUUAUUGAUAACAAACGACUACAAUUUAUUUUUUUCUAAUAGCUCAGAAAUUAACAAGAUUUUUCAGCAAAUCAAAUUAAUAAAUCCAGCGAUUGCUGGAAAAAUGAAUUUUCUUAGGACUAUGAUAAUUUUUAAAAAUUUUAUUACUAAAAAUUCAUUUGUUUGAUUGGUAGCUAGAUGGAUGUGAGUUGAAAAUGAUUCUAAUUCAAUCAAUGUAGUUCAAUCCUCAGCAAAGCCUAAAUUAGUACUAAUAUCUUGAGUGGUUUAAAAAAUCCUUUUGUCAAAUUGCCAAAAAUAUCAUGAAAAAAAAUAGUUUAAAUUAUUAGUAUUUGUAUUUUUUCCUUUCCCAUAUUAAUUUUGCUCUUUGGAGAAUUUCUAAAGCCAUCCCCGGGGGGGGGGGGAUUUAACCCCCCCUCUAACUCACAUUGGAACAAACGGGUGCCUUCCUCCCCCCCCAUGUAUACACCCCUGAUCAUUCGUAGGCUUAAUAAACAGACAUAUCAAGUAGUUAAUAUCGUAUGCAGUGAUUAUUUCAGAUAUUUCCCCCGGGGGGGGGGGCACUUCAGAUUUUUCGGGGAGGGGAGGUGCCAACAGUAUGAUACUUGCCAGUAUGGACACUUGGCUUUCUCCGGAGGGGGGGGGGGCAGUGCCCCCGGAGAUAUAGCUGAAAGAAAUUCUGAUCGUAUGUAUGCUAGUAGUGUAUUAGUUUAGGGCCUACUGUUAAUUUCGGUACCGGUAUAAGUUACAAGGCACACCAAAAAAACCCAAACCGUUCUUUUUUUUUUUUUAAUCCCAAAAUGUAUAUAGAAAUUAGGCUAUAACCUACAGGCUAUAAUUCAAAAGAGAAUUUAAUUGAAAUCAAUCAAUAAUAAUUUUGCUAAUAUCGUUUUUAAAUCAGGUGAAUUAGGUACGUACCAUUUUUGUGUUUUUAUUUAAUUCAUUUCAAAAUAUUGCAAUUUUUCUUUUAAUGUUUUCCCCUUUUUACUUCAGCAUCCUUUAUUAAUACAGCUUAACUAACUUAAGAAAUUAAUUUUAACAAUUUUUAAACUAUAGGCUGUUUAACACUGAUGUAAUUAAUUAUUUUAAAAAACACUUUAUUUUAUAAAUCGGCAAAACUUCAAGUACUGUACCAACAAGCAGAUCUCUUUAACUCAAACAAUUUUAUAAAACUGUAAUAAGGUUGUAAAUGUCUCUUGACUUAAGUUUCAUUUUUAAAUUACACCCAGUUUUAUCCAUAAUUUAAUUUUUUAAUGUAUUUAUUAACCUAUCAUAAUCAUAGUAAUAGUAAUAGUGUUUAAAAAUCUCUUCUACGUGUAUUUAAACUUGCUUUUUUUUCGUUCCCUUAUUUCUUAACAAUAUAUACAUUUAAUGUACCUGUUUUAACUCUUAUUAUUUUUAAUUUUUGCUAAACCUGAAUCAAUGUGAGUUGUUAUUUGAAUGACGACAAAUAUAUCUUGAGAUGGAUAUGAAUUAUACUAUAAUUUAUAGUAAAAAAAUGUGGGUAUCUUGAAAGUUGUCUGUUUUUGUUGUUUGUUUUUUUAUUGACACUUUCAAUAAAUGGGGUAAAUACUUAUUUAAUAUUUUUUUAAUUUAUUUUUUUUUUUUUUGAGCCAUUGAAAAUUUGAAAAAACUACCCCAUUAACUCUGAGAAGAGUGUUAAUAAUUAUUUAAAUGUUUUAACAAAGUGAAGUUUAUUUUUUCGUUGGAUGCGCCGAACAUUGCUCAUUGCAACAAAUUCAGUUUUAAUCUAAAGUUCCUUAACUUGCUUAAAAGCCUUAAGAUAAGUUAUAAGUUAUAAAAAAAAAAAAAGAGUCGGAUAGAAGACGAGUGAAGGCGUCGUUUAUAGUCUAACAUAGACUAUUAUAGUUAAAUAUUUGGUAGAUCAUUAUUUUUAACAUAAAUUGCUGACACAUUACAGUCAAGUCAAUGCUUAUUUUAAAUCUGCUUACAGUCCCGGUUAUAGUUUUGUUGUUGUUUUUUUCUUGUGUGUGUUUAUUUUUCUUUAAUUCUGCUUUUGUUUAAAUUUUUAUUUUUUUUACUUUUCACGGAACCAUUUUUUUUAUAUUUCUAUUUCAGUAGCCAUAUCAUUCAUGAUGUUAUAGCCUAUUUAUCACAAGUAACCUUACAUUUACAUAGAUUCAUUUAUUUGUUUAGUCAAUUAUUACACCAUUUCACACAUCUAUGAUUUUUUAAAACAGAUUCAGAGAAAUAUCCUACUUAUUUUUAUUUUAGUUCAUAAUAUCCUUUUGAUCAGCUUUAGGCAUAAAUUCCAGUCUUAAAAUUAGACUUCCAAUGAUUUGAAUUACAAUUAUAAUUAUUUUUACCUUUACGUUCCAAUUUUUAUUUGUCAAAAGUUUAGCACAAAAUGUUACCAUUAAUUUUUUUUUUUUUUUAAAUUAUUUGAUUUUAAUAUCUUAAUUUGCGGAAAAAAGGAAAUUUUUGUAGCUUGGGCUUGGGAAUCUAUAUGAAAUAUCACGUUAUAGUUGGCUUCUUUGGUAGAGUUAGUUGUGUUUUAUUAAUUUUUCUUUAUUUAUAAUUUUAUAUUAAAGUCUUUAUACAAAAAAAGUAAACGUGCGUUAAUUCAAUAAUUUCAUUUUCAUUUAAAGCUGUAGCCUAAUGAUGUUACUUAUUGAAGUUAUUUAGUAGCAAAUGGAAUUGGAAGAAAAAUAAACAAAAUCAAAUGAAAAAAAAAUAUUUAUUUAAUUUAACAGAAAUAACUUUUGUAAAUUGUUAUUUUAAAUUUAUAGUAGCAAAUAUAUUAAAUAUUGACCUAGUUUUAAAUGCUAAAUAUUUUAUCAAGUGAUAAAUUGUUUAAAUUUAGCCUACCUGGUAAUGUUGAAAUUCAAACUAUUUUCACCUCCCCACCCCUGAAACGCCAUGGAAAGAUGUGUAGCCCAACAAGCCUGGUAGCCAGAAGGGGGUAGGGUAGCAACCACUACCCAAUUUACAUUAAUCACUAGAAGAAAAUAGUUUUAUUCCAAAAAUUAACACCAAAUACUUUAAUAUUUUAUUAUUUAUGUAAACAUUAAUUUUUAAAUGUUAAUCGAUAUUUUUACAGUCCCAUGGUUCCCAAGGAGGAUCAAAGAAUUGGACAGAUUUGCCAACCAAAUUCUAAGCUAUGGCUCAGAGUUGGAUGCUGACCACCCGGUAUGUUACUCCUGUUACUGAAUAUCAGAUAUGACUCAUAUGGUUGUUUAAAUGGUUUACAUAAUUCUAAGAUUUUUCUGAGAGUUACGAUUUAAUGUAUGUUAUAAUGUUAACAAACAUAUGAUAUUCAUAAUAUUUUUUAGAUCAUUAGUCAUUAGGCCUAUACAGUGAAUAUAGUCAGUAUAGAGAUUAACCCUUUGCAACAUUUUCUUUUAAAAAAUAAACAGGGCUUCACCGAUCCUGUAUACAGAGAGAGGAGAAAGGAAUUUGCUGAUAUUGCCUUCAACUACAAGUAGUGAGUGUUAUAGGUUUACAGCAAUAAUUUUAAAUAUCUAUAAAUUUUGUCAUCUAAAACAUUGAUCUGGUUUUGAUUCAAAUUAUUUUGUUUCUGUUUAGUUUGAUUAAACAUUAUGAGUAUCUAUUUUGAAAGAUUUACCUAAACUAACAUAUCAACAAUUAGCAAGUUUAGAUACCAGAUUUCGAUUGAUUAAAAUAUUUCCUUUUGAAUAUUUUAAUUGUUCACCAAUCAGUUUGCUCAGAUUAAACAAAGGAUGUUUAUUUUGCAGUGGCCAAACUAUUCCUACAGUUGAGUAUACCAAUGCAGAAAUAAAAACCUGGUGAAUACUUCUUUAUAUCAGUGUUAUUAAUAAUUUAAUUUUAAUACCUGAAGCAACUUUACUAAAGCUUUACUGUAACAGAAUAUCUUGCAUAUAUUUUAGUACAUUUUGUUAAAACAUGUUCAUCAUUGUUUUGAUAAGAACUCCUAUGUAAGCUAUUCUGCUUUACAAUAAUUUCAGUUUCAAGUGUACCACACUUAUUGAGGAUGAACAAAUUUUAAAUUUUGACUGCUUCUUCCUUAGGUCUACAAUCUUCCGAGAAUUGGUAAAGCUGUAUCCUACGCACGCAUGCCGUGAAUUCAACCAUAUCUUUCCUCUGCUUGUUGACAACUGUGGAUUCAGAGAAGACAACAUCCCACAACUACAGGACAUAUCAGAUUUUCUCAAAGGUAAUUGCAGAACGUAAAACUGGUUUUGCUACUGAAUAUAGUUGUUUAUAUUGGCAAAGACAUUCCUCCAUUAUUACAUUCAUUAACUUUUAAGUGAAGUUCCUUUUGGUGUUUGGAUGAUGUUGUUUGUUUCAGGCUUACUUUCAAGCUAUAUCAUCCAGGUACAUCAAAUAAGCUCUUUUAGAAAAUCUGGAUUUUUUUCUGUGUGAAAAUGUCCAGUAUUGGGCUCUGAGGGAGCUGUCAUCUUUACAUGCAAACUCAAUGACUUAUUUUUAUUAUCCAAAGCCAUUUUUUAAGGAAAAAAGUGAGUGACAUUAGUAUUUAAAGCAACCAAAGAUAAAUUCUAAUCAGAGAAAGUUAGAGUUGAGUUAAACUUUUUUAAAUCCCCAGAUUGCACAGGUUUUUCCUUAAGGCCAGUUGCUGGGCUUCUGUCAUCCCGUGACUUUCUGGCUGGCCUUGCCUUCAGAGUUUUUCACUCUACCCAGUACAUCAGACAUGGCUCAAAGCCAAUGUACACUCCUGAACCGUAAGUUUCCAGCUUUCAAUACUUAAUAUCCAACAGUGAUACAGAUUCACAAGCUUUAAUUAAUCCUAAAACUUUUACUUUUCUUGCAUAUUACUUAAACUUAGUCAGCUAAAAUAUAUAUUUUAACCCUGAUAUAAGUUGAAUAAGUCAUUUCUUAUUUCAAUUUGGGGGCGUCCAUAAAUGAUGUGAUGCACUCUGGGGGGACUGGUAGUCAUAAAUUUGUGAGCAUGUUUGAUGAAGGUAUCUAACUUGAGAGAUAAAUUUAAAAAUUCGGCUUAAAUAGCGUUAUGUCAUUUAUGGAUGGCACUUAUAGACAUUUUUAUUGCUGGAUUAUUGACAAAGCAUGAGCUCCAUUACUCAAGCAAUACCUAUUUUAAUUCGUGAAUUUAUUAGAGAUGUAUGCCACGAGCUGCUUGGACAUGUUCCUUUAUUUGCUGAUCCGUCCUUUGCACAAUUCUCUCAAGAAAUUGGCUUGGCAAGUCUUGGCGCUCCUGAUGAAUACAUUAAAAAACUGGCCACUGUAAGUAAUGUUAAGUGCUGCUUAAAAGUUUUAAAAAUUUAAAUUGAUUACAUAUAAAUUGGGCAAUAUUAAUGUGGGAAAACUUGGCUAUUACUAUUAGUUUAUACAUUUAUAAUUAUUGUUAUAUGAUAUAAUUAUGCUUAAUUUAAGAAAUAUUGGUGAUUUACUACUUAUUGAGCAUAAAACCAGGUCCAUAGAUAUGGUAAACCAAUUUUUUUUAAAAUAAUUUUUCAUCUUAUCUAUAAAUAGUAUAAUUUGAACAGCUUUUAUAAUACCCUCCAGUUCAUUUAAAUGUGAUUGUCCUAUUGCUCUAAAAUCAAUAACGCAGUAACAAACAGUUGUGGUCACUGCCUCACUGGGAGUCAGAUCCUAAAAAAUCAUUGACUUCAUUUUCAGUUGUACUGGUUUACAGUAGAGUUUGGUCUCUGCCAACAAGAGAGUGGACUCAAGGCCUAUGGAGCUGGCCUGCUUUCUUCAUUUGGAGAGUUGGAGGUAACCUAAAUUAACCCUUUAUUCAUUAAGUUUUCAAUACAGAGGUGAAAAAAAGAUUUUACAAUGCCUCAGUGCGCUCAGUGCGACAAAAAUUUAAAUCAUGGUAUGUAAAUGAACACCAACAACAGUUAUUUGAUCAAAUCCAUUGCUGGUCAGUGUACAAGAUGAUUUUUUUGUACAAGAUAUGGGAUUUAGUUUUAUUAAGAAGAAUUUUACAUUAGUGAAUCACUUAUACAUUUCUGCAUUGAUUUGAAUUAAUUACUCAUUGCAGUACUGCCUCAGUGACAAACCAAAAGUCCUUCCCUUUGAUCCUGUUAAGACUUGUGAGCAAGAGUAUCCAAUAACCAGCUUCCAACCAGUAUAUUUUGUGGCUGAAAGUUUUGACACAGCUAAAGUGAAAGUCAAGUAAGUGCGUGAGGAUCCAGAAUAUAUUAUUUAUGGGUCGUGCUAUUUGUCCACAAUGGCAAAAGAAAUUAAUUUGUUUCAACAUUCAUUAAUGAGGUGAUUUUUGUACAAGAUAUACAUAAAAAUAAUACAUUUUAUAAAAUUAAAUAGAUUCAAUUAUAUUCAUAUUUAAUUGUUUAUUUGCUGAGGCAACCUCUGGAACAUAAUACUUCUGUUUAAGGCUGAAGGAAAUAAAGGGGGCAUAAAAUAACUGCAACCACCUUUAAUAUGUACAUUAGGAAUUAGUGAGCCAAAGCUCUUAAUGUCCUUCUCAAAGUAACCCCCCCCCCCUUUUUUUUUUAAGCCAGAAAAGUCCCUUAACGAUAGGGUCGCUAAGACAGCCCAGGCCCAUUAUUUCAUUCGAUUGAAUAGCUUUACGGGGGCCACCUUAGCCAGGGGUUAGGUUUGUCCACUGCCACUACCCACUUCUUAAAAGGGGCAAAAAAUAACUGCAACCACCUUUAAUAUGUUAAUUAGGAAUUAGUGAGCCAAAGCUCUUAAUGGCCUUCUCAAAGUAACCCCCCCCCCCUUUUUUUUUUAAGCCAGAAAAGUCCCUUAACGAUAGGGUCGCUAAGACAGCCCAGGCUCAUUAUUUCAUUCGAUUGAAUAGCUUUACGGGGGCCACCUUAGCCAGGGGUUAGGUUUGUACACUGCCACUACCCACCUCUUGUCUAACAUCCAUCAUACGCAACAUAGUAGGCUAUCAUGAUCCCUGCCCUGUUUCUACUGUUAUUUUAAAUGCAGACAUGACCACACCUGGUGUAGGCUAGUUUGCACUGCAGUUGCUACCAUUUCGGCAGAUACCAUGCAUGGCCUUUGUCUGCCCAUGCAGGGGUGGUUAUUUUCCCAGGUUAACACUAGGGGGUUCGUAGCAGCACCUAUUUAACCAGCAUGUCACUACAGACAUGUCCACCAGAACCCUGGGGUUGCAUCAUCCUUCAUUAAUAAAUGUCUUGACGAUACAGUAUGAUUUUUUUGUUAUUUUUUGUGUGGAACAUUUAUUUCACUUCUUGCUGAGACAUUUUUGUUACAUUUCUUUCCUCCAGGCAAUUCGCUGCAACUAUUCCAAGACCUUUUAGUGUGCGCUACAAUCCUUACACUCAGAGUGUUGAGGUCAUUAACAGCAAACAACAGAUCAUUAACCUGAGCAAAGAUAUCAGAGGUUAGUAACAAAACAUAAAAUUGUUUAGCGGCAAUAUUAUUUUUUGAAAAAACAAUACAUAUCUUAUUUAAAAUGAUAAUGAAAGCUCUAUUAUUUUUUUUAGUCACCUAUAAAUGACUUUUUUGCAUUGUAUUAAAAAUAUUAGCAUCUUUUUCUAGCCAAGAUAAUAACUUUUUAGGUUUAAUUAUUAGUUAUAGAGAAUCAUGCUUUGCAAAAAUGAACACACAAAAACACUAUAAAAUCUUUCAAAUUAGUCAUGCAACAAGAAUAUGAUCCUUAUUGUUAGAAGCAUGACUUGCUGAUUGGACUAGCUUUUCAUUUUCAAAUAAAACUUACAUAUAUCAUUUUGCUUAUACUUAUAGAUUUUAAUUAAAGUUUGUUAUACUUUUUUUUGUCAUAAUCUAUUGUUGCUGCAACUAUGCUAAAAGAUAAUUUUUUGUUAAAACUCUUCAUUUCAGGGGACCUCAGUCUUCUUGAGCAUGCUCUUGCUAAAAUUGAAGCUUGAGUUACAUGAAGGCAAAAAGCAUUACAAGCUGUUCAACACUUGACUAGUUUAUCAUUCAAGAAAUGGAAUAAGUUCUGUGAUGAUAAAUUUUAAUUACUAUUUGCUUAGAGCCAUUUAUAUUUUUAAUCUGAAAUAUUUCUUGUCAGUGCAAUGGGUAUUUAAAUAAAUAAUUUUAGGGAGACAAUCAUUUCCUUUAUAUAUGGCCAUUUUUUUUCUUCCAGAUUUGACUUUCAAAUAUGAAUUUUGCUACACAUGUCACAUAGUGCUUAUUAAUGGUUAGAUUAUUUUUAGAGGUGAAUUCAUAUAUGCUUAAAUUUACUUUUAUUUUAUCCAAAACUUCUAAAAAAUGAAUCUUGAUGAUUAAAUAACUUUGAGUCAGGUACCUCCAUUGCCACCCAGUUGAGUCUGCUGGUUUACCAUCUAGUUUACCCAAGGACCACAUAAUCUCUUAUCUGUUUGCUAGUAAAUUCAUAUCAAUUAUGAUGUGGGUUAGUCAGUUGUGUAGUUUUGUUGUGACAAAGAAUAAAAUCACAGAAUGGCUAACAUAUGGGUUUUUGAUUGAGAGAAAGGCUGUAAAUAUGAUGAAAUGUUUAGCAUUAACUGUUUUUUUACUUCAAAGCAGUCCUCCGCAAACUUCUUUCCCCUCACGGUGCACCCAGACCCUUCCCAGACUUCCGAGGCACACCACAAUUAAAACAAGAAAAGAAAAAAAUGGUCAACUAUCCUUUAUUUUACAAUGAGAUUAAUGAUCUUUGGUAACAGUGGCUUAGUGCCAUGCGGGGUGGUUCAAGAUAUUUCACCCCCACCCCCAUGACAAAUAAUCUGUGUUGGCCGAAUAUGCCCGCCCUCUAAUGCAUCCCCUUCCUACACAAAUCCUUCAGGUAUGGGGCUUAGUUUGUGUUGGGUUUGCUUUCAUCUGUCAGUCAUGAAAUGUUACCUCAGUAGUGUAAAGAAUUUUUUUUAAACCAGCAAACACUUAUUCCAAGUAGUAUACAGUACAUGUGUGAAAAGCGUGUGAUUAAAGGUUAAAGCAACAGACCAAUAUUUUACUGAUUACUUAAGACUUAUUAAGGUUUGAGAUGUUUUCACGGGACUACCCAAAUUUAUAUAUAUUUGUGCUGAACUAUUUGAUUUCAAACAUUUGACAAAUUGUUAAUAAGCCAAUCAUUGCCCCUUUUGUUUCAACAUAUUUUUGUUUUCAUCACUUGUUUUUCACCCCUCUGAGAAUUUUGCUGGGGCACACUUAACAUUGUCUAGUGGCACACGAGAAUGCCACUGUACGACGGUUGCUGAGCUCUCCUUUAUAUGAAAGAUUAUUAUCUUAUGAGAUUGAUGAGUUGAGUGUAGUUACCCAUUAUAAAUUUGUGUGACCUAAUCAAAAAAAAAUUGUAAUAGGGCAAAUUUUAAUUGUUAUUUCAUAAUUAUCUGUGUAUAUAUGUGUGAAAAUUUUAUUAUUAGAUAUUAGAAGACUUGUUUACUUAUCUAACACUGAAUCAGACUGGGUACUUUAAAAUGUACUGUCAAUUUAUUAUUGUCUAUAAAAGUGAUAAAAUGCUGUUUUGGAUUUCCCUGUGUUUAUCAUUUUAAAAAGAUCUCUAACCAUUAAUAGUUACAUAGAAAUAACUCAUUACUUUAGUUUGAUAUCUGAAAGGGAACAAACCUGACUAAAUCAAAUUCAUAUGAACUUUAUUUUUAUUCAAGGCAGGCGACAUACAGAAAAUUCUACUUUUCAAUACUGAAGCUAGUUUAUUUAUAUCCCAAGUUUUCACAUUUUUUGCAACUCCUGGUUUCAGUUUCUAUUCACUCACAUUACAAAACAAAGGAAUAUAAAACUCCUAAAAAAAAACAAGAUUCACUGUCAAUUAUAAUAAAAUAGCAAGGUGGUAAUGUUACCCCCACCCAGAUGAUUAUACUAAAACUUAAAUUGGCUAAUACUUUCCCUGGAGAAAAGGUGCUUUAUAACAAGGAAAAAUGUAUUUCAUUGAAAUAGUAAAUAUGGAGGUAAAAAAAAUGGUGUAUCAACACUUCAAUAUUUUGAUAAACCAUAUCAAUUCCAAAUUUGUAGUCUUAUUUCACAUAAGGCUCUCCAGCCUUCUUCUUUACACUUAAAUUUAUACAGUAGAACCCGGUUAUGUCGACGGCCAAGAGAUUGCCAAAAAGCGUCAUGAUCACCGAUGAUCAAGAUAAACAAAAACCAAUAUGGCGGCAAUAUAAUAACGUGCUUGAAAUUUCUUAAUGUACGGUACAUGAAGUGAGUUAGUCUAAUAAAUGAGAAUGAGUCUAAUACACUAAAUAAAGCCUAAAUUUUAGGCUAUGCCUAAUUUAAUAAUUUAAGCCAAUAAUAAUAAAUAGGCUAUCGGGCCUAAGCCUAAUAUGUUUUAGGCCUAGACUAGGUCUAGGUUACUUUAUAUUAGAUUUAACUUAACACAAACAAAUUAGACCAUAUCCUGUAUAUGAUUAGAAUAAUAAUAUGAUAAAUACUUUAUUUGUGAAGUACUCAUUUUAGUCUUAGAGUUUGGACAGCUUGCUUAGGCCCAUUUUUAGUAGACCUACUUUAUAUUAACGAAUGCUAUAAAAAAGUAAGUUAUAUUAAGUAAAAAAUAGGUCUAUAGUAUUAGGUACCUGUAUGUUGAAUCAAUAAAUUUACAAGGAGCUAUUUACAUGUGAACUUUAUGAUAUCAGUAUGUUGAUUGCAUACAAAAAUGAUUUUUUUUAGAUACAUUAAAUAAAAGUUAAAUGCAAAGCGAACAAAAAUUAUUUUGGUUUGUUUCAAUUAUGAUUUUCCUUGAGGCAAUUUUUUUCACACAAAGCUUUCAAAAAUAUUACAGGACAGGGAAUUUCUUAAACGAAUUGACAUAACAUAUUACGAGAAUAGUAUUCUGAAAAAUAAAGAUGUGUAAUAUAUAUUGUGGCAAAUUAGAACGAAACAAAAGAAUUUAUAACAUAUUAUAUGUACAAGAAAAACGUUUAUUUUUUUUCCCCUUUAACUGCAUAUAUUUUUGCCAAAUAACCCCUUACCAUCCCUCCUGAACAAAUGCCCAGAUCUGACAAACACAUGAAUAAACAAGUCUAUUUAUACCUGGCAUUGGUAAAUUAUAUUUAUACACAAUUAAGUACGGUACAUGUAUUGGACAUAUUCACUAGAAUUUUUAUAAUUCAGCUACCGAUAUAUGAUUUCACACAAUUUUCAGAUAGGGUUCCACAAUCAUUUAUGUAAACAUCAUGAUCAUAAUAUUCUGUCAAUUAUAUUUUUAGCUUUAUAUAGUUGGCCUCAGAAUAAGCAGACAAAAAUGUUUAAUGUUUGUUUUGCUGGAUUAUGGCAACACUAACACGCACAUGUAAUAUCCGUUUGCAUUAUUAUUGUUUUUAAAAAAAAUUAAACUGAAUUCACUGUUACAAUCCAUCCAUUUGAUAACUUUGAUAAUAAGGAGCCAAGUCUAAGCCAGGCAGAUUUUAAAUACAUAUUUAAUGAUUUAUGUACAUUAUUUAGCCACAAGAUAAAAUUUCAGAUUGAAUAUUUAUUUUUUUUAUUAAUGUAUUUAAAGGAUUCACUGGAUUUUCUUUUUUUUUUCACUACAUGUCAUAUUUCUCCAAAGCAAAGAUGCAGUAACUGACUGCUUAUGCCCAGUGUCUAUAAAAUUAUUAAAUUUAGGUAACCAAACCCUUUGAUUUCCCACUGAUAUGAUGGGUUCCAUCUUAAAUUCCCAAAGACCUUCAACCAGCAUAUAAAUUGAGGGUUGUCUAUUAUUGUAUUUAUAAAAAUGAGGAAACAGAAAUCUGAAGACUCCAAACAAAAAGUAGCUAGUCACAAGCCUUAGUAUGUUUGCUAAUUACAAAAGAGUAUUUACUAUCACAACAAAAGGGUGUGUUAUCUAGGAAUGCAAUAAAUUAUACAAAGUUCUAUUGAUGGUAUCAUAAAUAAACUCUAAGUAGUUAUAGAAAAUGGUGACUGUCCUCCGAAAUAGACUUAUUACUUGAUUUUUGCUGUCCUUUUUGUUUUUAAAAAAACCUUUGAGAUGACAUGCUUUAGUAUAUGGUAAUAAUGUUUUAGCAACAAUUAGAGUCUGCAAAAAAUUACUGUAUGAUUUUAAAUUAUAGAAAAUAUAUUUUUAAAAAGGAGCGAUUAAUAUUUUUCACUUCUUUUUCUUUAACUGUUCAAAUCUUCGCGUCAAAUCAUCAAAGUCUACGUCAUCUCCCGCAGAAUUCCCCCCAACAGAGUUGCCCAGAUCUGGCAAAGUGUUGUUUGGAACAGUUGGUAGUUCUGGAAAUAAGUCUUCAUUCUCUGAAACACAAAUAAAUGUUUCUUUAUAAUUUUAGCAAACAGAAAACAUGAUUUGUAAAACACAUACAGCAUAUUUAAGGUAAGAUUGUCUGUGUAAGUAAAACUAGAAGACUAACUAUGUAAGAUUCCUUUUUUCCUCAGCAUUAAUUUAUGUACUGAAAUAUUUCCUGCCAUUGCAUUGAUGACAAAUAUAAAUAUGAUUAAAACUGAUGCAUUAUUUAAAUGG